GAAGAAAAGAGUGAGCGGUUAGUAACACUGUUGACCUCACAGUGAAUCUGUUUGGAUAUUUGGAGGUUCAUGGACGUGUCUCUGAGCAGCAGAAAAAGACCCUCUGGUCGAGACGUCCGCCUGCAGGAGGUGCAGAGUCAGCCUCAAGCUGUCAAGAGGAGGUACGAAGAGGAGGAGACGAGGGGGAUGAGGCCAGCGGGAGGCUGCGAGGAGAACAAAGAUCCAGGACACAAGCCACAGAGGAACCUGAGAGUCCAGACCCUGAAGAGAGAGACCAGGCGGUUUUCACAGUCUGGAAACAGAACCAGGGCCACAGUCAGGACUGGAUAUUCAGCUGGAUCCGAGUUCAGGUUUGGAGAUGAAUUCCAGUCCUGCAGGCCUGAGGUCAGAGUGGCCCUGAUCAAGAGGACCAGGAUCAAGACUUCUGUCCGGACCUCAGUCAGGACUGCGGAGCUCACCUUUGAGGUCGGGUCCACGUCCACAGCAGGUCCCCUGACAAAAGCAGGUGUGGUCCGGGGUCAGUCUUCAGAGACCAUGACCAGCGGGAGGAGGUCUGAGAGAGCUCUGGGUCCAGAGUCCUGCAGAGAGGGGGGCGCACCCAGGAUUAGGGUUAGGUCUGAGGGGAGGAGAACUGAGACCAGGAGGAGGAUGAAGAUCCACCCGUCAUUAUUCAAAGGGAGAGGUCAGCUGCAGCUGUCAAUCACUCCAGAGGCGGGGCAACUCGUCAUUCACAUUCACAAGGCCAGAAGGCUGAUGGAAAAAUCCCAGAGGCCAUGUGACUCCUACGUGAAGCUGGCAGUGACCUCUGACCUUGACCACAGCAUCACAAUGAAAACUCCAACUGUCAUGAACAACAAGAACCCAGAGUACAACUCCCAGUUUAUACUGUGCACCAGUGAUGACCUCGUCCUUAACAGGUUGUCGGUGUCAGUGUUCAACAGGUGCGGUCAGCUGAUUGGCUGUAUGAGCUUUGGGAUUGGUUCUUUGAUCUCGUCCCCGAAGCUUGUCGCUGGUUGGUUCUACCUGUUGGAGGAGGAGUUUGGGCAGCGCAAACAUCUGAGAGUGACAUCACAACGGAACAAACCAAUGAGGAGCCUAGAGGACAGGGCAGUGGAGAACGCACCAGCAGCAGACUUCAGGAGGACUCCAGACUCAACUCCAGAUACUGACCUGAGCCGCGUCACCACCACCGCCGCCACUACAACCAACCUAUCAAACAGCAGCACCACCACUGCUGGACUCAAAGACCUGACAAACCACCGUCUGACCUUCAGUUGUCCCCAGAGCCUCAACCCCAUCGAUGCCAACUGCCGCUCUGGCCCGGCGAACGUCGACUACAGCAGCUGCAUCUCUACACUGUGUGACGGCACCAACCGGUGUCCGGCGACUCGAAACAGCAGCAGCACCCAACGACUAACGGUGAACAUUAUUCGAGGAAAAGAUGGUUUUGGAUUCACAAUCUGCUCCGACUGUCCCGUCAGAGUCCAGGCUGUCGACUCUGGAGGUCCGGCUCAUCGGUCUGGUCUCCGUCAGGGAGACUCGGUCCUUCAGCUGAAUGGACUUCCUGUAGAAACCUGGAAGUGUGUUGACCUCGCCCAUGCCAUCAGGAGUUGUCCAUCUCAAAUUGUGAUGGUGGUGUGGAGAGGUUUACCUGAGCUCAGGUCAGGAUGUGAAACUUUGCUCCGCCCACUGUCACACAGCAAGACAACAGGCAGGAAGCUGCUACGUCACCCCACCCACAACAAACAUGGCCAGAAUCAGGGGUUAGAAAUCACGUCCAGUUUGGGGGCUCUGGGUUCUCUGUGGAGGGACAAGAAGGAGGACCAGGAGGAGGAGGAAGAAGAGGAGGUGACCGAGCACUCAUCUCGCAACGCCACACUCAAGGGCACCUGUGUGACAUCAUCACACGGAGACAAUUACAUUAUCCUCUCACCUGUCAGUCCAGGAGAACAGCUGCUGCAGCCGGUUUAUCAUGACAGGGAUGGAACCAUUGGUCGUCUGUACCAGACUCACCCCAACAGAGGUCAGAAUCUCUUCCACGACCCUCGACCUGUGUCGUCACAGCGACUGUUCACCGGCCGCGCCUCCAACCUGCCCCUAGCCUCUUCCACCUCCGCCUCCUCUUCAUCAGCCCCGCCCAGUAACUAUGGCAACUACCAGAACUGCACUAUUGUCCAAUCGCAUCUGCCCUGCUCCUCCUAUGGAACCUAUGUCACCCUGGCACCCAAAACCCUCAUCUUCCCCAUCUUCGUCCAGCCUCUGGAUCUGUGCAGUCCAGACAGAACACUGCUGAUGGCAGAGGAGAUGGUUCUACACCAGGCUGAUCUGCUGCCUGCAAAGGUGACUGUGUUGAUCUACAGUGACCUGCUGCUGUUCACGAGAGAGGAUGAAGCUGGACGCUGCAAUGUCCUACAGAGUCCACUGUACCUGAACACACUGCAGCUCAGAGAAGUGUCGUCUGAGCCCCUCCAGAUCUACUUCCUGCAGAGCUCUCAGAGCUGUUGGCGCUGCCUCUUCAGUCUGGAGGCGCUCAGCAUCGAGCAGAAGGUCAGAGUCAGUCUCUGUCUCCAUGACAAUAUCCAACUACGGCUGGUCGCCACGGAGACCGGACACACCCACCAGCUCUCAGACAUCCCCUCAGACUUCAGCCUCCUCUCUCUCCAUCCGUCUGACCUCCUCUAUCGUCCUCCUCACUCCUCCUCUGACCCCGCUCCCCUCUGCCCCUCCUCCCCCUACUCCACCCUCUGUGACCCAGUCAGACCUCCCUCCCCCUCUCCUUACUCACCCCGCUCUCCCUUCUCCUCCUCCACUCCUCCACCACCCUUAUCCUCUCUUUCUCCAUACUCGUCCUCCUCCUCACCUUCCUCCAGGACCUUAACCACCAAAUCUCAGCUCCUCCCCCCAUGCCCCCCCUCCUCCUCCACCCAUAUGAGUCCAGUCUGGAAGGAGAGAGAAGGAGCACACGAAGAGGAGGACAGGAGGAAGAGGAGGUGGGAGGAGUUGGUGGAGGAACGGCAGCAGGGGGAGGGGGAGAGUGCCUCAGAAACAUCGGAGAAUGUGGGAGGUGUUGGUGGGCCGGGCCUCCUGCUCAGCCCCCACCACUUCAAUGCGAAGGAAGAAGAGGAUCAGAGUGAUGAAAAUGAAGAAGAGGAGGAGGAGGGAGGAGGCACGGAGGAGUUGACCUCCUCCUACAGACCUGAAGUUCUGCGGCGCUCUCUCUCUGAGGGUUCUUUACUGCAGGAACCUCGAUCGCCCCGCUUCCUUUCUGACAGCACCAUCCAUCGACUCACCCGCCCCCUGACCUUUAACCUCGGCCCCGAUGCAACGGCCCAGCCCCCCUCCAGCGACACCCUGAGGAAACAGCUCACCAGAGAGGGGGGGUCUCUCCAUCAUAUGCUGCUGCUCCUCAAUGGCACCAAGGAUGAAGAGCUCAGAAACCUUCAACUGAGGAAGAAGACUAAGAGUCUAGCCGCCGAUGUUCGGAGCCGCCUGUUGUUUCUACGACGACGGAAAAACCGUACCUGUGUCCACGGCAACAGUUUGGAGAAAGCUCUGAGAAACAAUCGACCGUCCACAAGGGAGGUGCUGAAGUGGGCAGAGAGUCUGGAGGCUCUGCUGACCAAUCAAUAUGGUCGGGUAGUGUUCCGUCACUUCCUGAGGUCGGAGUUCAGCGAGGAGAACCUGGACUUCUGGUUGGCUGUGGACAGUUUCAAGAAAACACGCCCCUUUAACAAUAUGGCUGCCAGAGCUGUGAAAAUCUACGACGAGUUCAUUUCUACCAAUGCAGCGAGACAGGUGAAUAUUGACUCAUCUGUCAGAGAAUCGACCAAUCAGAGCCUGCGUCUUGGCAUUAACCCCACCUCCUUUCAGUCGGCUCAGGAUCAGAUUUUCGGCCUGAUGGAGACCGACAGCUACCCACGCUUUCUCAGAUCCCGCCUCUACAGCCAGCUGGCCAGUCAGGGCACGCUGACGGCCGCAGAGUCAGCCAAUUAGAACGGAGCUGCAUCUGUACCUUUUGGCCAGUCAGGUUUUAGGAAGACUCAGAGGCUGGUUCAGGUAGAGGACAGAUCAGCCAAUCAGAAGCACCAAAGUCUCUGAUUCACUGUUUGCCAGCUCCACAUAUCUAUUAAGAGAAGAGCCGACCAAUGUAAAGAAGCCAUCCAGCAUCAUGAGAAAUGCAGUAUCCAGUGUUUUGGGGCUACAAGUCAGGAUAUCCACCUCUGUUCAUCUGUUUAUAAAAACUAUUUUAACCCAUCAGUCAGAGUCAAAUGUCCUCAAAAGAUUUUAAUAAUAUUUUAACGAGUCAUUUUUUCAGUGCCGGACGCUUCAUGUGGAGUAAACAUAAAUCUGAAUAUUCAAUUAUCAGCCAGACAUUAGAGUCAGUCUUUGAUAGAUCUUGUAACCUAAAACGUGUUUGAAGUUGUCGCUGUUGAAUUUAAGAGUUAAUGUUUUAGCCAUGCUAGCAGCACAGCUCGAUAAAAGCCAAUCUUGGUCCACCAAUUUGGUCCCGACUGAUACAUGUCGACAUCUACAUGUUGGAUUGUGCAAACAUUCAUGGUUUCUAUUUGUGGUUUAGAGUGAAAUAUAUAAUAUUGAAUGAGAUUUGAUUCAGACAUUCAUGUUCCCCUCAUGUUAAAUUGUAAUGAUCCUCUGACUUUUCAUCUAGCGCCAUCAUCAGGUCAACAUUUGAAUGUGUCCAAUACUUUGGUUUAUGACCAAAUACCUGCAGAAGUAAUGACAUCCCCCUUAGCCUCAGCUGCACUUUGUAUUUACUGCGAAGUAGCUAAUGUUAGCAUGAUAACAUGCUAACCUGAGAUGUAAACAUGGCAAACAAUAUUCCUGCCAAAUGUGUAAGCAUGUUUCUGUUAGCAUUUAGCUCAAGCACAGCCUCACAGAGCUGCUAGCAUGGCUCUAGACUCAGUCUGUGUGAUUGUAGCUGUAUGCCAUGAAAAGGAAGAGUCACCAAAAGAGAUCACAUCAUUCUAAAUGUAUGGAUUCAAACCUGAGAAGAACCAGCAGGUGACCUGUAGGUCUGAUGUCAUCAGAUCUGAUGUCAUCAGAUCUGAUGUCAUUAGACCUGAUGUCAUUACAUCUGAUGUCAUUAGAUCUGAUGUGAUCAGAUCUGAUGUCAUUAGACCUGAUGUCAUUAUGUCUGAUGUCAUUACGUCUGAUGUCAUCAGAUCUGAUGUCAUUAGACCUGAUGUCAUUAGACCUGAUGUCAUUACGUCUGAUGUCAUUAGAUCUGAUGUCAUCAGAUCUGAUGUCAUUAGACCUGAUGUCAUUAGACCUGAUGUCAUUACGUCUGAUGUCAUUAGAUCUGAUGUCAUCAGAUCUGAUGUCAUUAGACCUGAUGUCAUUACAUCUGAUGUCAUUAGAUCUGAUGUCAUUAGACCUGAUGUCAUUACAUCUGAUGUCAUCAGAUCUGAUGUCAUUAGACCUGAUGUCAUUACAUCUGAUGUCAUUACGUCUGAUGUCAUUAGGUCUGAUGUCAUUAGAUCUGAUGUCAUCAGAUCUGAUGUCAUUAGACCUGAUGUCAUUACGUCUGAUGUCAUUAGGUCUGAUGUCAUUAGGUCUGAUGUCAUUAGAUCUGAUGUCAUUAGACCUGAUGUCAUUAGAUCUGAUGUCAUUAGAUCUGAUGUCAUUAGAUCUGAUGUCAUUACGUCUGAUGUCAUUAGAUCUGAUGUCAUCAGGACUCUGAUUUUUAGAAAGGAAGUAAUGCUAGUAUUUUUCUGAUUAAAUCUGUUUUUUAGUGCUACUUCUAACUGAAGUUAGUGAAGUAUACAGGAUGUGUAUUAUUGCAGGAGUAAACUAUGGUUACUGAAACAGAAGAUUAUUAAGUAGACCUGAGGUUUGUCUGCUGACCUGUUCCAUCAAAAGACGACGUUAAA